AUGGCGCAGAUACGGAUCGCUUUCCACUACGCAGGCCCCUACAUGUGCAUAGACAGCCAUGACUAUGUUUUCCGACUGAGUGGAGCCGUUAUUAAAGGAUAUGAACAGGAUGUGGGGACCCGGACAUCCUUCUAUGGCUUCACUGCUUUCUCUCUGACCCAGUCUAUCCUCAUUUUGGGUACACGAGGCUUCCAGCAUGUGCCUCUGGGAAAGGAUGUCAGAUAUCUACACUUCCUGGAAGGCACCCGGGACUAUGAGUGGCUGGAAGCUAUGUUUUUGAAUCAGACCUUGGCAAAAACCCACCUUUCCUGGUUCAGGCAUAGGCCUCAGGAAGCCUUCCAGGACGCCUUGGAUGUGGAUCGAUACUUGCUGCUGCACCCAGACUUUCUCCGUUACAUGAAGAACAGGUUUCUGAGGUCAAAGACCCUGGAUACUGCCCAUUGGAGAAUAUACCGCCCCACCACUGGCGCCCUCCUGCUGCUCACGGCCCUUCAUCUCUGUGACAAGGUCAGCGCCUAUGGCUUUAUCACCGAGGGACAUGAGCGCUUCUCUGACCACUACUAUGAUACAUCAUGGAAUCAGCUCAUCUUUUACAUCAACCAUGACUUCAAGUUAGAGAGAGCAGUCUGGAAGCGGCUGCAUGAUGAAGGUAUCAUCUGGCUCUACCAGCGCCCACCAAGUGACAAAACAAAGAACUGACCAGGGUCUAGAUCAGGGGGUCCCCCUUGACCACUUACAACAUAGAAUGCAAGGGCUCCUCCAAUGCUCCUACCCUCUUUCCUGGACUCAAACCUGCUCCAAGUCCUUAGACAGUCCCAAGGAGCAGCUGUUCGUGGCAGAGGGUUUGGAAUCCUUUGGAAAAUCACCACAGACUCUGGUUAUUUCUUGUUCAAACCCCACAGUUUGAAUUCAAUCCAAACUCCAAACAAUUUAGUUCACUUUACUUUUCAAAUACUCCCUUCAGAUUUUUGGACUCUGGAACUCAAAAUUACAGUAAAGAGCAAAUGGAGGAGCUUGGUAGUGGCUGGGAGAAAAACAAAACAAAAACGAAACAAACUUCCUUUAGAGGUAGUGCCCAGAAGUGUACCACAGAGCCUAGGAUUUGCUCAGAUAGUGCAGUAGUGAAUCCGGCCAGCAGGGGGCGAGAGCUGGGCUCCCGAAUGCGGAUUGACCUUUUGAGGUGCUUCGCUGGAGCAGUGCUUGUGCAAAGUGGAACUGGACCAGCAAUCGGGGUUCAAGACUGAGCAGUGUGAAGUCCAGGAGGACGCUGCAAGUUCUGAGGUGCAGCUGAGCAGGACAGGGGUGGCUCGGGGGUUAAGAGCACAUACUGCUGUAACCGAGAACCUGAGUUUGGGUCCUAGUACCUAUGUCAGGCAACCCACAACUGCUAAAAACCCUGGUCUCAGAUUCGUUGCCUCCCUCUGGAUUUCGCAACACCUGUCCUCUUAUGCACAUACCCACACAAGGACGCUUAUAUACACAUAAUUUUAAAAUAAAAUAAACCUUAAGAGAUAAAUAAAGCUAUCAGCAGAGUAAAAAUCACCUUUAGUUCCAGCACCGGGGAGGCAGAGGCAAGCAGAUCUGUGUGAAUUCCAGGCCAUCCUGGUCUACAGAGG